ACUAACCUUGUCUAAUUUUGAUUGCUGAUAUCUUUUGUUCAUUUACGACGCAUGUACCCUUUAAGCAUUUCUGACAUGCAUUAAGCUAGUGCCUGCCUGAAUAUACCGACAUUAUGAGUAAUUCCAAUUCUUGUGAUUACUGCCCCUGCAGCCAAAGUGCUGAACUUGGCCCUUGUUUUUCUUCAGCUCCUACGUCUACUUAUGAAAAAUAACCAGCUAUUUUGUACUUGCUCCGGAAACAGCACAAUCCUUACUCAUUGAAGAUAAUUUUUUCUGGUGAAGUAAAUGCAUUAAUUCCAAUUUGGUGCAAGUUUCACGUUCUCUAACUAUUUUUCUACAAUAUGAUGAAAGAACGAUAAAAGAAGAACCACAAAAUUUUGCUGGAAGAGCCAAGUAGAAAUUCUACUACAUAAAGAAAUGGAUACAAUUGCUAAAAUCUCGUCCCUAGCUUCGAUAGAAGCUUCCCAAUACACCCUAUCUCACAACGCUCUUUUGUACUCAAUAGCAAUGCAUCCAUUAUUGCAAUCAAAAUUCAAGGCAGCAUUAGCAAGUUUAACUUGGCCUUCCACAUUUCAUGUCUGUUGGUUAGCAACUAAUUUGACAGAAUAUGGCACUUGAUCGCCUUAAAUAUUUAUGCAUCUUCCACUUUGCAUUGAUUGAUCUUGGAUGAAAUUUCUUCACUUCGGAGACUUGCCAUGUCAUCCCUGGGCUGCUAGCAAAAAUGACACUGCCGGUGUUGGCUGAAUUAUCAGGAGAGAUGCGGCCUAUGUUGGAAAGUGGGUUCAAAUCUCUUCAUCACCAUUUCAAGACAAAACAUAUAGAGCAAACCACGUUUGCCACCACUGGGUCUCCAAUACUAUACCAUUGAUUUCCAUGGUUGUCAUGGUUGACUCUCUCUGUUUUCAUCUUGAAUUCCCUGCUGUUCAUUUGUUAAAACAUGAGAACUUUGAUGUCAAUUACGAGAGCAUCACAAAGUAGCAUUGAUAAUGGAAAUGAGAAAUAAGAAUUAAAGAAAAGCAUAUCUACUUGAAAUGAAUUUCAAGCUUAAUC